CAUCUCCCCCCUCAGCAUACAUACACAUUUGUUACAUCCCACACGCACUCUCCCCUCUUUCCCCCUCUUGCGCGGAGGCACACUCCUCCUCCUCUCCCACUCCCAUCUCCUUUUUUUUCACCCACACACCCCAAGCACAAGCAUCGACAGGCAGCAUAAGGAUCAAGAACUCGCUCCAGCCCCUCUGCCCCCACAACAACAACACCACCAACAACAACCCCCCUACAAAGACACGCAGUCAUGUCGUUCAUGAACACCUUCACCAAAAACUCCCUCAGCGCGCUGGAGUCGGCCCAGAACCUGGCGCGCGGCCUGCAGCACUCGGUCAUCCAGCCGGUGCACCUGGCGGUCAUCCUCUUUGACCAGCGCGAGGCCCAGCGGGCCAACCCGAUGGCCGGGUCCUCGGAGGCCGGGUCGGCGGACUUCAGCCUCGGCCCGGCGCUGGUCGAGCGCGCCGGCGGCGACUUGGACCUGCUCAAGGGGUCCCUGCGCCAGCUGCUAAAGCGCAUCCCCUCGCAAACCCCGGCCCCGGUGCAGGUGGAAGUGGGCCCGCACCUGCUGGCGGUCCUGCGGUCGGCCAACAACCUGCGCAUGCAGCAGCAGGACUCGCACACGGCGCUGGACCACCUGGUGCUGGCCCUGGCCGGGGCCGACCAGUCCCCGGGCGCGGCCAGCCCCGGGCAGAGCGCCGCCGUGCGCGACGUGCAGGAGGCCCUGCGCGGGGCCGGCAUCACGGCCGCCAAGCUGACCGAGGCGGCCCGUGCCACGCGCGGCUCGCGCAAGGUCACCAGCGACAUGGACGAUGCCAACUUCGAAGCCCUGAAGAAGUACGGCGUGGACCUGGUGGAGCGCGCCUCCAGCGGCCACCUGGACCCGGUCAUCGGCCGGGAUGACGAAAUCCGCCGAGUCAUCCGGGUCCUCUCGCGCCGGACCAAGAACAACCCCAUCCUCAUCGGCGAGCCGGGUGUCGGCAAGACGGCCGUGGUGGAGGGGCUGGCGCAGCGCAUCGUGCGCGGCGACGUGCCGGACGGCCUGCACUGCCGGGUCAUCUCCCUGGACAUGGGUGCCCUGCUGGCCGGGGCGUCGUAUCGCGGCGAAUUUGAGGCCCGGCUGAAGGCCGUCCUGCAGGAGGUCAGCGAUGCCCGGGGCCGGGUGAUUCUCUUCAUCGAUGAGAUCCACACGGUGCUGGGGGCCGGCCGGAGCGGCGACGGCGGGGCCAUGGACGCGGCCAACCUGCUGAAGCCGAUGCUGGCCCGUGGCGAGCUCCGGUGCAUUGGUGCCACCACGCUGGAGGAGUACCGGAAGCAUGUGGAGAAGGAUGCGGCCUUCGAGCGGCGCUUCCAGCCGGUCCACGUGUCGGAGCCCACCAUCCCGGACACCAUUUCCAUCCUGCGCGGCAUCAAGGACAAGUAUGAGUCGCACCAUGGUGUGCGGAUUGCCGAUGCGGCGCUCGUGAGCGCGGCCCAGCUCGGCGCCCGGUACAUCACGCAGCGCUUCCUGCCGGACAAGGCCAUCGACCUGCUGGACGAGGCGUGUGCCAAUGUCCGCGUGCAGUUGGACUCCCAGCCGGAGGCCAUCGACAAGCUGGAGCGCCGGCAGCUUCGCCUGGAGGUGGAACUGGCCGCCCUGGAGAAGGAGGAGGCCGGUGACCAGGCGGCCCGGCAGCGUGCGGACGCCGUGCGCGCCUCGCUGGCCAGCAUCCAGGAGUCGCUGGCGCCGUUGCGCGCGCGCUACGAGGCCGAGCGCGGCCGUGUCGACCAGAUGCGCACCCUUCGCCGGAAGCUGGACGAAGUGUACCAGAAGAUGGAGGAGGCCGAGCGCAAUCGCCAGACCGAUGUGGUGGCCGACCUGCGGUACGGGGCCAUCCCGGACUUGCGGGCGCGCCUGGAAGAGCUGAGCACCCUGGAGGAGGCGGACCGCAGCGCGCCGGCAUCCCCGGGCGGCGCCGGCACUCCGGCCGAGGCGCCCAUGCUCAGUGAGACCGUGGGGCCGGACCAAAUUGCGGAGAUCGUUUCCCGGUGGACCGGCAUCCCGGUGUCGCGGCUGACGCAAACCGAGCGCGACAAGCUCCUGCACCUGGGGGAGAACCUGCACAAGCAGGUGAUCGGCCAGUCGGAGGCGGUGGACGCCGUGGCGGCGGCCGUGCUCCGGUCGCGUGCCGGGCUUUCGCGCGAGCGCCAGCCGGUCGGGUCCUUCCUCUUCCUCGGGCCCACCGGUGUCGGUAAGACCGAGCUGGCCAAGGCCCUGGCGCGGGAGCUCUUCGAUGACGAGUCCAACAUCGUGCGCUUGGACAUGUCCGAGUACAUGGAGCGUCACAGUGUGGCCCGGCUGAUUGGCUCGCCUCCGGGGUAUGUUGGCUAUGAUGAUGGUGGCCAGCUGACGGAGGCCGUGCGCCGGCGGCCCUACUCGGUGGUGCUCUUCGACGAGGUGGAGAAGGCCCACCCGGAUGUGUUCAACUCCCUGCUGCAGGUGCUGGAUGAUGCACGCCUGACCGAUGGCCGGGGGCGCGUGGUGGACUUCUCCAACUGCGUGCUCAUCAUGACCAGCAACCUGGGCGCCAAGCAUCUGUUUGACAGCUUCCGCCAGGGGGCGGGCGAUGGCACCGGCACCGGCACCGGCACCGGUGGCGGCCUGUCGAAGGCCACCCGGGAGAAGGUGAUGGACGCCGUGCGCGGGCACUUCCGCCCGGAGUUCCUCAACCGCCUGGAUGACAUCGUGCUGUUUGCGCCGCUGCGGACGGACGAGCUGCGCCAGGUGGUUCGCCUGCAGUUCGGCUCGGUCGGCCGGCGCCUGCGUGAUCGGAACAUCGAGCUGGUCAUCGAGGAUUCGGCCUGCGACCUGGUCCUGGCCGAGGCGUAUGACCCGGCGUACGGGGCCCGGCCGCUGCGCCGGUACAUCGAGAAGAACCUGGUCACCGAGCUGUCGCGGCAGCUGGUGGCCGGGGUCCUGCACAAUGACCAGCGGGUGGCCGUGGCCGCGGAGCCUGGCGCCCGGCGCUUUGCCUUCCGCGUCCUGGCGGACCUGGCCCCGGCCACCGGCGCCGGCCGCGGGGGGCGCGAUGUCGACGACGACGACGACAGCACCAUGGACCUGGUCGGUGGUGGCAAUGGCGCGGUCGGGCGCAAGGGCGUCCCCGGCGGUGCCCGGCAGCACCAUGCGGCCAAGCGCCAGAACACCGGCGGCGGCCGCAUUGAGUCCCUCAGCAGCGAUGACUUUGAGGACCUGAGCGGCGACGAGGACAGCCACAUGGAGGUGGACUCGCGUCGCUAA